AUGAGGGAACAGAGCAAAACGGACGAUAGAAUUCAUGUUCAGAAGAGUGACGAUGAUACAAGUACAAUCCUUUCUCUCACAAAUAUGAACUUUCUGGCGUGUGGUGCAUUCUCGAAUGUGUACAGUGGAACGGCUAUAACUGAAACGAACCAACAGCUGAGCAUUGUGAUUAAAAAAGUUUGGCCUUCCAAGAAACACUCACAGCAGUCAAAUGAAAUUGAGAUUCUGAAAAUGCUGGGAAGACUGAAACAUAAGAAUAUUGUGUUCUUGUUGUAUACUUAUACGAAGCAUCACGGAGACAACAUUUGUAUGGGUCUGAUCUUCGAAUCGAUGCCUUCUAAUCUUCAACAAUUUCUCAGAAAUCAAACCAGAAAAAUUGAUAUAAUUGAAGUGAAACUAAUCACGUGGCAACUUUUCCGUGGACAAGCUCAUAUUCAGAGAAUGGAUAUUUGCCAUCGAGACAUUAAACCACAGAAUCUGUUGUACAAUCCAGAGACAGGACUUCUUAAAAUAACGGAUUUCGGAUCAUCUUUGUACCAACCAGUAGAUCAUCCUCAGAGAAGUUAUCAAGUCACUCGAUAUUAUAGACCACCUGAAUUGAUUCUUGGAGCGAAACGCUAUGGGUGUGAGAUAGAUAUCUGGUCGUGUGGAUGCGUGUUUGGAGAACUUUUGAAAGGUCGAGUGUUUUUUGCUGGGCAUUCGUCAGUUCAUCAAGCAGAUGUUAUAUUCGAUGCGAUUGGAUUGCCAACAAGUGAAGAGAAGAAAGCGAUGCAGGUGGACAAGAAAGUAUCUGAAACGAUCAUCAAUGCGUACGAAUCAGAUACAUCACAUUCAACCGAUAAGUUCACUUAUAUGUAUGAACAAACUGAACUACAACAGGAAAGAAGUCAAAGUCGGGUUAAAAAUGAUAGAAUCAGUACUGCUGACAUGAAAAAAGCAACUGCUCUACUGCGUCGUAUCCUAGUUUACACUCCAAAACUUCGAAUGACUGGACAGAAGUUGUUGACUCACAAGUUCUUCAGUGAGUUAUUCACUGGAACACCGCUCCGAUUCAACGGCAGACCAAUCCCAUGUCUGACAAAGAAAGAUCUUGAAAAAGUGAACAAAGGAGACGUAACAUUGACAAAUGAAUCGAAAGACACUCAGGAAUGA